AUGUUGAAAAAGCAGCGUUUUCGAAGUCGUUGCAAUCUAAUAACAAUUGCAAACGAUAAAUAUAAAAUUAUUAAAAAAAUUAAUGAAGGUUCAUGUGGAAGUAUUUAUUUGGGAAAAAAUAUUCAAAGCCAGGAAACCGUAGCAAUAAAAAUUGAGAAACAGAAUCCCAAAGCCAGAACAUAUUUGGAAAAUGAAUACAAUGUAUACCAGACUGUAUCAGGUAUUGAAGGUUUCCCUAAAAUAUUUCAUUACUGUGAAGAUAGUAAGAGGGGCAAGGUAUUGAUAAUGGAGGUUUUAGGACCUUCACUUGAAGAGAUGUACCGAUUUUGUAAAAAGAGACUAACAAUUGAUGCAACACUUUCGUUUGCUAUUCAGAUGAUAAAUCGGCUUCAAGUUUUACACUCAAAAGGUUAUGUACAUUGCGAUAUUAAGCCAAGUAAUUUCUUAACCUUACCGAAUAACAAUGGUAAGUUUUUGUAUUUAGCGGAUUUUGGUUUAUCUAAAUUAUAUCGCGAUCCUGAAACCAAUCAACAUGUUGAGUUUAAUGGUAAUAAGCGCUUUUGUGGAACUAUUGUUUUUUCAUCUAUAAAAGCUUUUGCGGAAGGUAAACAAUCCAGACGUGAUGAUAUGGAAGCUAUUGUUUAUACCAUCAUAUAUUUGUGCAAGGGAAGUCUACCAUGGCAAAAUGUCCACUCGCAACACAAACGGCAACGCGAUGAAGCCAUAACAGAAAUGAAAACGUCCUUAGCAAUUCAUCAGUUAUGUGAAGGAUUACCAGCAGAAGUUUCAGUUUUUUUACAACAUUGUCGCAAUUUAGAAUAUACGGAAGAACCAAGUUAUAAAUAUUAUGAGGGAUUGCUUUUUGCCGCAAUCCCUUAUAAAGAUAACUCUGAUUUGAGUUAUCCUUCUCUUCAUAGAAGCCUAUGCGACUCUAGCCGCUCGGUAUCAAUGGAACUAAUUUCCCAGUAA